AAUAUCUUAUAUUUCUAUUUGUAUAAUUAUUUGUCUGAUAAUCAUUGGAAGAAUAUAUUUUGUAAUGUUUUUUACACAUAAAACAAAAGGAAGGAAAUCAAUACGUAAUAAACCACUUAAAACAAUGAUUGUAUUAGGGUCUGGAGGACAUACUGCAGAAAUGAUAAGAAUCGUUAAUUAUUUAAGUUUUGAAAAUUACUCGCCAAGAAUAUAUGUGUAUGCUGACACAGAUUCAAUGAGCAUUGAGAAAGUAAAAUACUUAGAAAAGAAUAAUAUAGACUAUAAAAUAAUCAAAAUUCGUAGAAGUAGAGAAGUUCAUCAGUCGUACUACACAUCUAUUUAUAAUACUAUUUAUGCAACCUUGGAAUCAGUUCCUCAUUUAUGGAGAGAAUGUCCAGAGUUACUUUUAUGUAAUGGUCCAGGCACUUGCGUUCCUUUAUGUAUAAUUGUGUUUUUAUUCAAAGUAUUUUGUAUUACGCAAAGUACUAUAAUAUUUGUUGAAAGCUUCUGCAGAGUUAAAACACUAUCGUUAACAGGAAAAAUUUUGUACUACAUAGCUGAUUAUCAAAUAAUGCAAUGGCCGUAUUUACAAAAACCUAAUAAUGAAAAUGAUAAAAUAUUUUAUAUUUGAAUAAAACAAAUAAUUUCAAUUUAUA